AUGGCUAGUUCAGUUUCACCAAACCCCGGCGGCUUGGGACGUCACCACUUCUCCGAUUGUCUCUCUCUUCUCCGCCUUAUUAAGAACGAAGCAUCGAAUCUUCAAUCAACAGCUAAAGACGUUUUUUCUCAACGCUCUUUUUCUCGCGUUACAGCUCCGACGUUCCUCAGAGAUUGGGAAUUUGCAGCGAUUGACGCGCUAUCUCGGCGCUUCUACUCCACGGAGACCUUUAUUCAAAGCCCUUCGAUAAGCUAA